CGCGAAGCAAGAAUGGUUUUCCCUAGACAGAGGUUCAACCCCGAGAACGACCUGCCCAGCCUCUCGGGCAAAGUCAUCCUCGUUACCGGCGGAAACGCUGGAAUUGGCUACGGCGCCGCAAAGCAUCUGGCGCGGCGCGGCGCGAAGGUAUACAUGGGAGCACGGAGCGAAGACAAGGCCAAGGCUGCCAUCGACGCAUUCAAGCAGGAGGCUAAGGAGGGAGCUGGCGAGAUUGUACAUCUCAAGCUUGAUCUAAGCGACCCGCGUGACGCGAAGAAGGCUGCAGAGGACUUUUUGCAGAAGGAGCAGAGGCUUGACGCACUCAUCAACAAUGCGGCUUUGCAGAUUGAGAAGUACGCCAAGAGCGUAGACGGCAUCCAAGAUCUUGCAAUGGUCAACUAUGUCAGCCCCUUCGUCUUCACACGCACACUUCUCCCCCUCCUCAAGAAGACUGCCGCCGAGCCAGGCUCUGAUGUCCGCAUUGUUAUUGUCGCAUCAGAAGCACACCGUAAAGUCAAAGGCGAACCAAACUUUAAAUCCGCCGAAGACUUCAACGAAGAAUGCAAGAACUACAUGUUCCCCAGCUUCGGUCGCUACUGCUUCACAAAACUCAUGGACACCCUCUGGUUCAAAGAGCUCCAGCGGCGACUCUCCUCCGACCCCGAGCCAGGCGCAUCGAGCAUCCUCGUCAUCGGCGUCGACCCGGGCAUGGUGAACACCUUCUCGGGAAAACCGCCGCUGAAGCCGUUCCGACACGUCGUCGACGCGCUUGUCUAUCCGUGGUUCGUCUCCGCCGAUGAGGGCGCGUAUAACCCUGUCUUCGCGGCCGUGUCGCCCGAGAUCACGGCGGAGAACAGGGAUGAGUGGAAGGGCGCGUAUUUGUUGCCUGUCGCGAAGAAGGCGGAUGUGACGGAUGUUGCGGCUGACGAGGGGAGGGGGAGGGAGCUGUGGGAGACGACGGAGAAGUUUUUGGAGGAGAAGGGGAUUGGGAAGUAACCGGGGAAGCUGGGUCGGGUGCAGGUUCGACGUUGUUGUAAUGCGUAAUUCUGAUUCUUGCUGUGAUGAUACGGACCCGUAAUUAUCGACGUUUAUAUCCGCCAUGUGUAUAGGACUCUUGAUUUAUUGACACGCGUUCUCCGC